GUUGUAAAUGAGAAUUGACCAAACUUACGACGCGAGCGAGAGUCGAAUAACAGCCUUUUUCUGAAAGCAAUAAUCGUCUAAUUUAAUAAAAACUUUUAUAUUUUACAAUGUUAUAUUGCUAAUGAAGUGCCUAAAUAUUUUGAUGGUUUUUUAUAAGUAGUGCAUUUAAUGCUAUAGUGAUGUCGAAGAACAAAAUCGCCGCACGGAUAGACAGUCAAAAUGUUGAAGUUAAAACUAAGUUUGAUGCGGAAUUCCGGCGAUUCUCCCUCAACCGCUCCGAGAAGCUCAAGUACGAGGACUUCAAGGGUCUAAUCGAGAAGUUACACCGGCUGCAUGACGUCACAUUCCUCAUCUCGUACACGGACCCUCGGGACGGAGACCUGCUGCCCAUCAACAACGAUGACAACCUCGCGCGGGCGCUGCUCACGGCGCGCCCGCUGCUCAGGGUCAUCAUACAGAGGAAGGGUGACAGCCUCGAAGAGCUGAAUGGGUACGGCACGAUGCGGCACCGGAAUUUCAUCUCCUCCAUACUGAGCGGCACGCCUGCCAAGAACAAAGGGCUGGCCAUCUCCAACCCCCACGACUUCAGAAUGGUUUCGGCCAUCAUCGACGUGGACAUCGUCCCGGAAACGUGUCGGAGGGUGAAACUGCUCAAGCACGGCUCGGAUCGGCCGCUAGGGUUCUUUAUAAGAGACGGCACGUCGGUGCGCGUGACGCCGGGCGGCGUGGAGCGAGCUCCCGGCAUCUUCAUCUCGCGGCUCGUGCCCGGCGGCCUGGCCGAGUCCACCGGCCUGCUCGGCGUCAACGACGAGGUGCUCGAGGUCAACGGCAUCGACGUCUGCAACAAGACCCUCGACCAGGUGACGGACAUGAUGGUGGCGAACUCGUCGAACCUGAUCAUCACGGUGCGGCCCGCCAACCAGCGCGCCGGACCACCACCACCAGCGACCGCCUCGCAACCCAGCUCCGAGCCCGACGACGACAGGUUCGACCAAGACGAGCAGGACGAGAUAGUCGACCUGACAGCCGUGACCCUCGAGGAGCCGGAGACCUUCCCCCUGCCCAGCAAGGACGACGGCCAGGUGCUACACCUGUAGUGCAGUGUUAGUGCAGUGCAGUGAUACAGUGCAUAUAAACCCUACAUCUUCAUAGAUAGCAGAAAUGCCGGUUGAACCACGCUAAUCCCUUUGAACGCCAUGCCUAUCGUGCGCGGCGCGUCAUCGACGAAUGCACGAAGAUUGAUAUUGGGCUUAGGCGGCUUGGGCGUGCCACAGUUAACUUCUUUGGCGGUCAUAUGGUUAAAAAAGGGUCUACAGAGACAGAGCAGUUCCGACAACAGCCGUUACCACACUUAGCAUCACUUGCACCAGCCCACUAAGCCGGCGUUAACCAGUUAAACCGUUUACCCAGUGACAAAUUGUACUGGUAACCAUAGUAACCCCAGGUUUAACCAGUUAACCCUGGGUUAGUAAAUGGUGCAAGUAGCCCUUAGGUGCUCCAGUAUUAACUUAGUAUGAGCGCGACCGCUUAUUUCAGUUCGUUUAUGACCUGUACUCAUUACAUUUAAAAUAUAGUCUGGCAAACCAAUUAGAAAAAGGCGUGCAAUUAAAAUGAUAAGGGAUAUCGAACCUUUAUUGACACAGCUGGUCUGUCAGACUAUAUCUACAAAAAUUGAGUUCUAGAGAUGAACUUAAAUAUGGGCUGUUUUUAACAUAAAAGAAAAAUUGCACUUGUGGUGACCUUACACUCUGCGUUAACGCUUCAUGUGGUGUCAUGUAGUCUGUGGAAGGCACACGCGUGUCAAAAGCGAAAUCUUUGUAUGUAGAUUUCAUCAGGCUUCCACGCGUCGCUGUCAUGUUACACCUUUGCGAACCGUAUUUCAUAGGCUGAUGUUGAGGCACCUUGUAAGUACUUAUUUUCUGCUACAUUCCAAAUGAAUUUUGGAGGCCAAAUAGAAUGGUAGUAUCAUGUUUACGUCGAAGUCCAAUCAGAAAAGUUAACACAGGGAGGUAUGGUAUUGUAUAAUACAAUAAUACCAAUAAUCAUGCUUAAUGAUUGGACUUAGGGCCACCGGCCACCCCACAAUAGCGUCUUUUGAGUGUCGGCGUCUAGUCGGCGCUAUGGAAAAAGGCGUCGCGACAGUUGCGUUAACGUUGCGUCAAGCAGCAGUCGUAGAGUUGACUAGACACUGACGCUCGGGAGAAGCUAGUGUGGGAUGACCUUAACUGGCCUAGUUACUGGCCGUGCUAUGCUAUCCUUAUUAGGGGUGAAAACCAGUUAUAGAACCGGUUUUAUAAUUACUAACCGUGAUGUGGGAACCAGCAUCACAAUACUCUGUAGCAAUAAUUAAUUUGGUCAAUUUAGGAACCUUAACAUUCCAGAAGGCUUGAAACAAUUAUUUUUAAGAUUAGCUCCCUUUUUUUAUAGAAAAUCAUUUUAUACUAUCGACAAUAAAAAAUAGUUUUAAAAAUUAUUAUAUUUAGUGUCAAAAGACCAUCCGUUAUGAAUAAAAAAUCCAUAUCAUUUAAUGUAUUAUAUUCCAUAGUGUCAACUUGCAAGAAUGCUAAUCUAAUUUGCUUCAGUACCAGCGGUCUUGGUACGAAAAUACUGCGGGUUCGGAACUUAAAACAUUUUUUAAACUAAUCGUUGUCAUACUUACCUACAACAUCAUUUUAAUCGUUUUGAGAAUUGAUGCAGUAGGUAAUCUCAAUCUUAUUAUGUGUUAAACCUUGUUUUGGCACAAUAAAGUCAAGGUAGUUUAAGCCCCUUUGACCCUCAAUAGACCUUAAUGGCUCUGGUUAGGGAAAAAAAUAGAAAAAGAGGGUCAUAGGCACAUAUAAAGAUUAUCAGAAAACCACAAAUAUGUCCAUCCAGAGUGCCAAGUACCAUUCAACACAUCUUGCUGCAAUGCAACUUGUCUAACCUCAUGCAUUUAACAAAUAAGUUGGACUUGGCCUUAAAAUAAUCAAAAACACAACAUGUGCGGAAGGUUCAGAGAGCUUACAAUAAAUUUUACACAUGUGUACCUAUAUUCGUCAGCCAACAUUAUAGUCUUUCGAUUUGUAGCAGGCCCCGGCGGCUAAUCCUUUGUCUAUUGUUAAGUAAAACCGCAUUUAGCCGUCGGGGCCUGCUACAAAUCGAAAGACUAUACCAAUGUUGUUAUCUGAAUAAGUACUAUUUCUAGCAAGUUGACUCUUAUAUUAAAUAGACUUUUGCUGAAGCUAGCUCACCUUAUCCGUCGUUGUUUAUAAAACUAGUAUUAAUGUUAUACUCUUCCCAUGGAAGGUGCUAUUACGAAGUGAUUGAAAUUCAUUAAAUGAAAUUAUGUGAAACGUUUGAUUACAUAAGCACAUUUGAUAUCAAUUAUAUAGGCUUAUCGUAACCGAGUACUUAAUACGCGAAAUCAGUAUUUAGUUCCUACGUUGUGAAGUCGUUAUUCAAAUUAUGUUAAAACAUCUAGCAAAAGACAACUUAGUAAUAUCUAAAGGUACUGGACAUAGAAUAGAAAGUAAACGAAAUCAUACAUUCCAGUAAAAGACACAUCAGUGCCUUGAAUCUCUAUAGAUACCUUGUUUUAUAUGCAUUUAGCUUGUACACAACUAUCAUUUAUAAGUUAUUUGCUACAAUUUUAGCUUAGCCAUCAAGCAAAAAGUAUUCACGGCCUUAUGAAAACUAUUUAAUUCUUAAUUUAAGCAUGAGUUUUUAAAAUAUGAAAAUACCUACAACUACAUGUGUUAAAAUGCAUGUAAUCCAGGCCUUAUGAUAUAGUAACAGCCUAAUAUCGUGCCUUGUAUUAUGACCACGGUAAUUUGCAAUCGUUAUUGACCAGUUUAUACACAUUAUUAUUAAGUGUAACACCGAAUACCAUUAACUUGUAUAUACUUCGUCUUUUACAUGUCAGAAAAUAUGUUAGAAUAUUGUGCAACUGUAUAUUCCACCGUCCAUAUUUUGUUAUUCGUGGCGUCAUUUACGUAUACUAACAUUCAUAACAUAAUUUAUAAAGUUUACCUUUUGUGCAUUCAUAUUUAAAGCCUAUAUGUCACAUCUAUCGUACCUAUACAAUCAAAUAUUUAAGUAACUCAUGUAUGGCGUUAAAAAUGUUAUAAGCAAUUACAGUAUGAAUUAUGUUAUUAAAGUUCUAUAUGAAAAUACCUAAGUAAGAAUGUGAAAAAAUAAAAGGUUUGAGAUAUAAUCAUUUAUAUCAGCCGCGUUUUAACUGAGCGAUAAAAUCAUGUAUUAAUAUAAUGUUUAGAUUUUAUUCUUCUGACACCUUUAUCGUAUCAAAUGCUUUAGUUAUUGAUUUUUAGAUCAAAAUAAUGUUAGUUUCGAGCUUAAAUUAAUUAUUUAGGUUUAUUUGUAUUUAAUUUACUUAACGCAUGUAUUGUUAGCAUAGUUAUACAUAUCAUGUAUGGCUACGAGGAGUCGGCGGAUCAAAUGUUGGUAGGUAUUGGUUCAUUGGUUGUUGCGAAAUCAUUUAUGAAAUAUACAUAUGUUGUUCACAAUUAUUGUUAGUGGCACAGGCAUUAUGGUCAAUUAAUUGCAAUUGUAUUCUAUUUGCUAAUUAAUGAUUGUAUUCACAUGCUAAAGGCCUGAUUUUCAAGUCUGCAUUUUUUAGAAACACGGAAUAGCCUUCAAUAUAUUUUUAAGGGACUGUUGUGUUCGUUCUAGCGUACACUGUUGAGUUUCGAAUCUCAGUUCAGCCAAUAUCAUGAUCAGGGUACCAAUGUUAUACAGCGGUCAACAUUAUAUCAUCAACAACAAAAUGUACAGUUACAGGUCUCGAUAUAAACUUAUGUCGCCGAGCGUAUAGGUCUCGUAUGAAAUGAAUUCCAUAGUAUUACUUAGUAUUUUUUUGUAAUGUCAUGUAUAUUUUAAUCAGUGAGUGAUAUUUCAUUUGACAUCAUUUUUGUUUCUGUAUACAUUUUAUGUUUUGUAUUAAUGUUCAGUUUGUACUUAAUUGUUUUAUCACAUGUUGCCUUUUAAGCAUUUUUGGAUGAAAUUUACAUAUUAUUUGCUGAUUGGCUCAAAAUUGGUCCAAAAUGAUGUUUGUAGUCAAAUGAUUAUACAUAGUUUAGGAGAUACGUUAUAUUUACACUCUAAGCUAGUAUACAUUUGUGUUGUAUGUAAUAAAAUAUAUUCUUAUUUAA